AUGUCACCCACCAGGAGAAACCAUAGACAAACUGAACCUAAUCCUGAACCUAUGAAUUCCACUGCAAUUGAGGCGUUAGUAGUGCAACGUGUCACUGAUGCAAUAGCAAAACUAGAAACGAAUAGGAACAUAGGUUCUAGAGGCAAUAGAGGAGGAAUGUCGAAAGAGGAAGUUUGGAAAGGAAUCCAAAAGGAGGGUAGGCAAUCAAUAGAGAGGACAAGGGAAGUGGUACAAGAAUUUGAGGUUACGACAACCUUGACAGGGACUACCACUGGAAGUAAUCCAAGAUGUAAUGAGUGUAGGUAUCCUCACAAUGGAGCAUGUCAUAUUUACACCAAUUGCGGCAAGAAAGGUCAUCUUGACAACAAAUUUAGAACCCCACCCAAUUGA